GCUGGAGCGCUCCGCCCGCCCCCCGGCCCUCCGGGGCGCAGGCCGCGGCCCGGCCGGCAGCAUGCUGAAUGUGCCGCCGCAGGCCUUUCCCGCGCCCAGCUCCCAGCAACGGGCGGCAGCAGGCGGCCGCGCUAAGAGUUUGGAUCAGAGGGGUUCCCAGUCUAUGGUGAUGUUGAAAAGGAAGGUGCUAGACACUCUGAAGAUCUUGCACUGUCAGUCAGGCAGACCCAUGGCUAUUACAUCCCUGGUACCUUUAAAGCCAGGAAGGAGUCUUAUGGAUUGGAUUCGACUAACUAAAAGUGGGAAGGACAUGACUGGUUUAAAAGGCAGGUUAAUUGAAGUGACUGAAGAUGAGCUUGCUAAGCACAACAAAAAGGAGGACUGCUGGAUAUGUAUAAGAGGAUUUGUAUAUAAUGUCACACCAUAUAUGGAAUAUCAUCCCGGUGGUGAGGAUGAACUAAUGAAAGCAGCAGGAACUGAUGGUACAGAUCUCUUUGAUCAGGUUCAUCGCUGGGUCAAUUAUGAAUCGAUGCUGAAGGAAUGUCUUGUUGGGAGAAUGGCUGUCAAGCCUAUUGCUGCUCCAAAAGAGAUUACUUCUGUGUGUGAAGAGAAGAAACAGCUUAAUGGUAUGCUUCCUGAGAAGAAAGUACUGAGUGGUGCUUCUAAAGAUUUAACUCCAAGUUAUGACUGGUUCCAAACAGAUAGUUUGAUCACCAUUGUCAUAUAUACUAAGCAGAAGGAUAUGAAUGCAGAGUUGGUGAUACUUGACCAUGAGGACAAACGAUUAAGGGGAGAGAUAAUCGUGGAUGAUUACUCAUAUCUUUUAGAAGUUGACUUGGACCAUGCUGUUGAAGAAGACAUGGCUGUAAAUAUUGCUGAAAAAGUUGGGAAAGUAGAGAUUAUCUUAAAGAAAAAGGAUAACGUUCAUUGGAAAAUUCUGGGACAGCCCUUGGAGAGUCAUAAUACAUUUAUGAAACGUACGGACAGAGGACUGUUCUACAGAAAAUGUAAGCUGGUUUUGAAGACAGAAGUUACCCACGACACCAAGCUCUUCUGCUUACUGUUGCCUGAGAGCACACAUCUCCGUGUUCCCACUGGACAACAUGUUUACCUCAAACAAAUCAUUGCAGGGACAGAGGUAGUAAAACCAUACACACCUGUAUUGCCUUUUUUGCCACUGGAUUUCAAAGAACCAUCUUGCCAUGAUAGUGCACAUAUAUAUUUAAUGAUUAAAAUUUAUUCCUGUGGACUGUUCACACAGGCACUUGACCAUCUACAAAUUGGAGACUGUAUUUCUGUCAGCAAUCCUGAAGGUAGCUUCAAGAAGUCACAGGUUCAAACUUCAGAAGAUCUCUUUUUACUGGCAGCAGGCACAGGCUUCACACCAAUGGUUAAACUGCUGAAUUUUGCGCUGACUGAAGUUAGUUGCCUCCGGACAGUGAAGCUAAUCUUCUUCAACAGAACAGAAGAUGACAUACUUUGGAGAAAUCAGCUAGAGCAAUUAGCUCUUAAAGAUCAAAGGUUUGAGAUUCAAUUCAUUCUCUCACAACCGAAAAAGGACUGGGUGGGUAAACAGGGGAUGAUUUCUUCAUCUCUUCUCUCUGAGUUUGUGAAAAGAAGCAGAAAAGACUCCAAAGUGCUCAUCUGCAUCUGUGGUCCAACACCUUUUACAGAGCAAGGAGUGCAAUAUCUGAAGGAUCUUGGGUACUCCCAAGAAGAGGUGCACCCUUUCACUGCAUAAACCCAUAUGAGGACAUUAAUGUUUGUUUGUAUAAUUCAAUCUUAUUUAUUUACCUUCAUGAAUUUAAAUAAGUGAAAAGCAAUUUUGUAAGACUUGAAAUCUCACUCUUGGUACCAAACUGUUUCUCAGAAGUAAUGUAUCUUCGAAAAAAUUUUAUAAUGUGUUUUAUCUUGUUUUUGUAAAUAUUUUUGCUAAUACUUAAGUCAUCCAGGGUAUUAAUUUAUUAAAGAGGCAAGCAAAAAUGUAUAGUAUACAUUAUGUAAGAUAUUUCAUGCGUUUGGUUCAUGAGAUUUCUUAAAUAUAUUAGAAGCACUGAUUUCAGUUUUGAAUUGAAAAAGCUUAUUAUUUCUUACUGUAAAAAGUCUUAAGAGCAAUACUGUCUGAAAUUAAAUAUUGCACUGUAACUCAGGUAACCGGUCAUUGAAAAAUGUUCUUUUUCAUCUGAUAUCUCUAUUUGACUUGCAAGUGAUCCAGAUACAUUUUUGGCUUUGUAAGCAAAGAAUAGAAGUACCUUUGGUAAAGUAUAAAAUUUACAUCAAAUAAUAAAAAAAAAAAAAAAAAUUUACAUCAUGCAUUUUUGUAAAUUUUUUGUAUUUUUCAUUUAUAAUAUUAUAUAGAAAGGUUUGCCCUAGCUUAGGACACCAGCUGAGAACUCAGAACGGAACGGAGGGACAGAGUCAUGGUCUCACACAAAACUUUCUGUGUGGCCUCACUGAUACCAGGCAUCUGCUGUCAUGAGACAUUCUGAGGGUAAAAACUUGACAGUUUAUGGCCUGCAGAUACCAGUGUAAGGACCAUAGAAGUAUUGAAAAUAUUUUACACAUUGCAGUAGUAUUAAAUGAGGUUAUUUGAAUUUGGGCUUUUUUACUCCAUUAUUAUAAGUAUGUUAUCAUGAGGCAUUAAUCUGCUGUCUAAUAAUAGUUUGGAGAAAACAGCAGCAAACCAGCUACCCCCCUUCUAGAUAUUGCUGGUAAUGUCUGGAGGCAUUGUUUUGCAUGACAUCUAGUACUGUUUACAUCCUCCUAUUGUGUUGAAUGGCUAUUUCCUCCUCCUAUGUAGCCAGACUUGCAGUUGUGGCAUUAAUACUUCAGCAUUUAUGAAAAAAUGUUUUAAUAAUACCCUUCAAAAAGGUGAAAUUGAUAGGAGAAGACUUGUCUUACUGUGACUGUUAUAUUGGAAAAAGGAAUUCACCAGGUCCUACUAUUGAGGUAAUAAACAAUUUAAUCUGUUGGUGGUGUAACUGAUACAAGAAUAAUUUGUGGUGUCCUGAGGAGUUCUAAGAAAUGGGGACAAGUGGGUCUAAACCAUGGGAGGAUAUCCCAAAAUCUCCCUUGAAAUAUAUAUUGAAACACUGAAAGCAAAUGGGAGAGGAUCCUUUAACCAAGGCAAAAUUAGUACAAUAUAGCAAUCAGUGAGGGCCAGUAUGUACACUGGAAGAGAGAAUGCCCUCAAAGACCGUCUGGGGAGGGAGCAUUAAAACUUUCCUUAAAUGAACAAUGAGGAGGAUCAGGGGAACAGACCUCAGCUGAACCUCUGGUUACAUUGGAACUGGAGAAAGAAAAGGUCUAUUUUUUAUUAGAUACAGGGUCUUCAUUUUCAGUUAUAAUUACUAUGCAAGGUACUCUAAGCAAAGAAACUGUAAACGUUGUGGGUACAACUGGGAAACUGGAAAAACAGACUUUCUUUAACCUCAUUAAUUUUAAAUUUGGCAAGCAAUGGUUAACUCAUCAGUUUUUAUAUAUGCCUGAAUGCCCAAUACCCCUCUUGGGAAGAGACCUGUUAAGUAAAU